GCGCCCUUGUGACAAGGCUGCUUCCCCACAAUUUUCGAGAUUGCGCUCCUUUUGAACAUUUCUUUCAAUCUUGCCUUCAACAUGAGCUCCACCGCUCCAGCGCCUUUGUCCCGUCAGAGUUCUGCGGCUAACUCACCCAUUAUAUAUGAAGUCAAUCUGUCGGUGCCGAAAGAUCGUUGUUCCGACUAUCUGACAUAUUUGGCGGAUUUCACGCGAGGGGUCUGCUCGGAAGUGCAAGGGUUUACGGGUGUCCAGAUAUUUACGCAACCCAAGCCAGUAGGACUACAUUGGCUGAGCGAAGAAGGGGAUUCCAAGGCGUACGUAACAGUUCAUUACCAUGUUGCAUCACAAAUGGACUUGGAUUUGUAUUUGAAGGAUCAUCAGGAACGAGUGGCGGUGGCCGAUCAGAGCAAAUGGGGCCAUUUAGUUACCUCAAGACGGAUCUUGCGACUAACAUUCAGCACUAUUGAUGCGUAACCUGUUCAAUAUCAUUUACAACUUAGAUGUCUGGGAAACCCCCGCCCACCAAAAUUUAUACAUGCAGUCGUAUUUAUACAUUGGGGUCUAAUCGCUGCCAUAUUCUGCCGCGACUUUGAAUUAUGCGGGAACGACAGCCAAAGUGCUCCUGCAGCGAGGACAGCGGUGAAUCUUGUCC